GAGGAAACUCCGAGUUAAUGAAGAGAAAGGAAGUCAGUCCCAGCUGGAAGAAAUGAAGAAGAGAUAUUCUGAAAAGGUCAAGGAAGUUGAUGGAUUCCAAAGAGAGGUUGCUGAACUUUCCCAGCAGUUGGACAGGGAACAUGAACAGUGCACGCAGCUGGAGGCCAAAAAUCAGGCUUUGCAAGAAGAGCUGUCUGCCCUGCGUGGGGAGUGCGAGAACCUGGCCAUGGACAAAUGCCAGCUGCAAGAAGAGCUGGCAAAACUCCACCAUCAUUUGGAGACCAACGUGGUGGAUCGCAGCCAACUCAAACAGUGUAAAAGAGAGGUGGAAGAACAAGCAGACCAGGAAAUAAGACAAAAACUCCAAGAAGUCAAUGAGUUUUUGCAAGCACAGGCAGCCCACCAGGACACCUUAGAAGAAAUCAGAGCCAGUCAUGUGGACUCACUGAAAAAACAGUUAGAAGACAGAAUUAGAGAUCUGGAACGUGCACUGGGAAGGACAAAAAGCAACCAAGCAGAAAGACCUUUUCAAAAGGAAUCCACCCAGGCAGAAGUGGACAAGUACAAAGAGCUGUAUCUGGUGGAAGCCAAAACCAGAAAAAGCCUCGCCAAGAAACUGGAAAGAGUUCCAGCAGUAACCCCACAGCAGCACCACUGUGGCAUUAUUGGUGUCUUUUCAAGUUGA